CCUUCCCUAUCUAGUCUUCCGCCCACUGGGCUCCUUCAGUUGAAGAUCAGGCUUUCCACUCCUGGGCAGAGCGGGCUGCGUUUCCAGGGUAACGAGGAGAGCGUCCCGCAUUAACCAAUCACAGGGCGGCCCCUCCCCGCGGGCCGGUUUGAAAUCCUGGCGCAGGACAAACGGUUCUAGUCGCUUUCGCUCGGAGGUCAGAGCCUCGUCUGUUACUGCCGGAGCGGUCUGGUAGGCGCGGGCUGAGAGAAUUUGGGGUCCGAUUGGAAGCUGUUGGGGGACGCCUACUCCACCAGGACUGAGUCGGAGUCGGACAGGCUUCGGCUGGAAGCAGCCGCCAUGAGGAGAAGUGAAGUGCUGGCAGAGGAGUCGGUGGUUUGUCUCCAAAAAGCCCUGAACCAUCUUCGAGAAAUCUGGGAAUUGAUAGGAAUUCCAGAGGACCAGAGGCUACUGAGGACUGAGGUUGUCAAGAAGCACAUCAAGGGUCUGUUGGACAUGAUGAUUGCAGAAGAAGAGAGUCUAAAGGAGAGGCUCUUAAAAAGUAUCAAUGUUUGUCGAAAAGAGCUUAACACUCUGUGCAGGGAGUUAAGCCUGGAAUGCUUUGAAGAGAAAGAAGAGAGCACCAUCUUGGAGCUAGAAAAGGCUUUGCGUACUCAGGUGGAAGUGAUGUUCAAGAAAAAGAAGGAGAGAAUGCAAGAACUGAAAGCGCUUCAGGAACGGGACCAAGACUUGUGUGAGAUUCUUUGUACGACACCCUAUGACAUUGACAGUGCUUCUGUCCCCAGCUUGGAGGAGUUGGACCAGUUUAGGCGGCACCUGGAAGCUCUGGCUGAAACCAAGGCAAACAGAAGGGAGGAAUUUGUCAGCACAAAGAGGCAAAUCAUACUCUGUAUGGAAGAACUGGAUCACACCCCAGACACGAGCUUUGAGAGAGAUGUGGUGGUUGAGGAUGAAGAUGCUUUAUGCCUGUCCCUGGAGAACAUAGCUUCACUACAAAAGCUGCUCCACCAGCUGGAAAUGCGGAAAGCUCAGAAUGAAGCUGUGUGUGAGGGGCUGCGAUCCCGAAUCAGAGAGCUCUGGGACAGGUUACAAAUACCCUUUGAGGAGAGAGAAACCAUGGCCAUGUUCAUGACUGGGUCAAAGGCCAAGAUAAGGAAGGCGCUGCAAUCAGAAGUGGACCGGUUGGAGGAACUGAAGAUACAAAACAUGAAGAAAGUGAUUGAAGCAAUCCGUGUGGAGCUAGCUCUGUAUUGGGAAAAGUGUUUCUACAGCCAGGAGCAGAGACAAGCCUUUGCCCCCUAUUUUGAUGAGGAUUAUACAGAGACCCUACUCCAGCUCCAUGACUCGGAACUAGUGCAGCUGAAGCAUUACUACGAGACUCACAAAGAACUGUUUGAAGGUGUUCAGAAGUGGGAAGACAGCUGGAGGCUUUUCUUAGAGUUUGAGAGAAAAGCUUCAGAUCCAAGCCGAUUUACAAACAGAGGUGGAAACCUCCUCAAGGAAGAGAAGCAAAGAGCCAAGCUCCAAAAAACUCUCCCGAAGCUGGAAGAAGAGUUGAAGGCGAGGAUUGAACUGUGGGAACAAGAGCAUUCAAAGGCCUUUGUGGUGAAUGGGCAGAAAUUCAUGGAGUAUGUGAUGGAGCAGUGGGAAAUGCAUCGUUUGGAGAAAGAGAAAGCAAAGCAGGAGAGACAGCUCAAGAAGACCCAGCAAACAGAAACCGAGAUGCUCUAUGGCAGUACACCCAGGACGCCCAGCAAGCGGCGGGUGCUGGGCCCCAACACACCAGGCAAAGUCCGAAAGCUUAAUUCCACCACAGUCUCCACUGCCACUCCCAAUAGCACCAUCCGCUCUGUCUUCGGUGGGACUGUCUACCAUUCCCCAGGGUCCCGCCUUCCACCUGCUGGAGGCAAGCCAUCCAAGACUCCUACCCGUUUGGGGCAAAAGACAGCCCCUCUGGGCAGACAGGGGCACAACAAAGAGAAUAUUGAGUUGAGUGGCAGCAUCCUGACUGGUGGGUGUCCCUACUCGGCCCCUCUCCAGCGUAACCUCACCGUUAAUUCUGUUGCCAGCACCUAUUCUGAGUUUGCGAAGGACCCUUCCCUCUUUGACUGCUCAUCUGUUGGGUUCUCAGCGAGAACUUUCAAAGGCUUCCAGAUCUGACGUCCCUUCUCGAGUCCUCAAUUCUACCAAUAUCCAGUCCUGAGAAGGCCCUCAGCAUCCUCCCCGCUGUGGCUUCCCUGUGCCAACACUGGACGUAAAGACACUGGGGGUGGCUUGUGUAUAUAUCUAUAUCUAUAUAUAUAUAUAUAUAUGUAUGUAUCUUUCAUUGCAGGCUUAUUCUCAAUCAAGGAGAUGUUUAAACCAAUGACUGGAUCCAAAGCUCAGGGACUGAUAAAAGGUUACAGCCACAGUGCACAAGCCUUUUAUACGUCCAGUUGGUCCUAGGGACUUAGUUUUAAUCAGUAAUUCGUCCUCAUUGACUCUAAAUAAAGUAAACCUAGUUUAAUGUAAAUAGCUCAAAGUGUAAAUCUGAAUAUUCUAAAAGACCUAUAGUUGUUUUUUUUUACCCUGUUCCUUGACUCACUUAAAUGAGUUUAUGGGCAUCAUUUUUGUUCCUUUAGUGGAAUAGAAGAUGGCUGGUCAAAUCCCUCCUUUUCAUAGUGUAAUUUUGGCUCAUAGACUCAUAAUUAAAACUUUUUCAUUUUGGUAAUUUUUAAUGAAUUAACCCCUUACUUUAGGUUUGUUCUCUCCCUCAAAGGGCUAUCCCCUUCAAUACUACUUAGGGUAGCCUACUUACUAACUGACUAGAAUUACGGUAGAUAUAAUCCGCUUCUUUAUUUGAAAUUGAGAUAGUUCAUAAGGAAAACAGAAAUUACUACCAAAGAACUGACUAGGUAGAUUAGGCUAAAUCCCUGCAAGGAAGAGAACUUGCCCUUUCCCUCCCUCCCACCUCUAUUUAUGUUGUCUUUGGUUAUGUUGGUUGUUAUGUCUCUUUCCCCUCCCAGAGUUAAGCCUCCGAGCAUUGCUUUCAAGUGAGUCUGUGUGUGUGUGUGUGUGUGUGUGUUGUCCCUUCUACUCAGCUGUCAUUCUUGUCUGAAUCCAGUGUCCUUAUCCAUGUCCAUCUUCCUCUUGUGCAGUAAGAGCAAGACUGAGGUUGAGGGGUAGUUACAAAAUUGGUUACUGAUUGUACAAGAAAAUCUGGAACUCUAUUUCUCGUGUUAAGGGAGCUGCCCUGGUUACUGUUCAUAAUGCUUAAGAAUCAUGCUUAUGUACUUUAUUACUCUGGCUCUCCCCAAAGCACUGUUUAUUCUCUAACUGUGGGUAUUUCUUCAACUUGUACGCCUAAGCACAUGCUGCUAUGGUCAUCACAUUAA